AUGACGCGCUGUCGAGAUGGGCGAUUGAUCCCAGACGUGAACCGGGAGCUUUCAGCCAUUAGCAGGGAGAAGGGCUGGAGAAGAGCGCUGGAACGUCUGUACCAUCUGCGUGGUGUGGGGAUUUCACCGGAUCUGGCGAGCUUUACGAUUGUGGCCGCGUCCAGGCGCAUAAAGUGGCAGAGGUCAUGCAGCCUCUUGCAGGAGUCGCGGCAGCAACGCUUACAAGCGAACACUAUCAGCUGGGGAGCAAGCUUGGGAGCCUGUGAGAAAAGCAGUCAGUGGAAGGCAACUGUUUUUCUAUUGGCUGAGAUGAAGCUCAAUGCAGUGCAGUCGAGCCUGAUUGCUGAAAACUCCGCCACGUCCGCUUUCGGAGAGGUCAGGCGCUGGCCGGAGGCUCUGAGAAUGGUUUGGUGCAUGCAAGGACAGCUGAUCGAAGCAGAUCACAUCUCAUGCAGUGCGAUGACGGUCUCGCUUGACGCGGCUGGGUGCUGGAACAAGGCUUUGAGGUCGCUGCAUCUGUUUCGAGAGGAGCAGAUCCAGCUGGACGUCGUGGCUUGGACAUCCCUUAGCAGUGUCUGUGCAACGGGCAAGCAAUGGAAGCGAUGUCUGGAGACUCUGAGGUGCAUGUCGCUGAUAAGAUGUACUCCGAAUGCUGUCAGCUAUCGAACUGCUUAUCUUGCAUGUGAAUCAGCAGAGGAGCUUCACUCCGGGCAGGAACUUUUGAGGCAAAGUUAUGGAGAUCCUGCUUUCGCUCUCUGGGCGCUUGCUAAGAUGAGUUUACAGGAUCCUCCAAAGAUACACAGGGCUUGCGUCCGCGCGCUGCGAUUCGUUGCGAAGCCCGGCUCAGUCCCCGCUGCCCAAGUUGCUGCAGUCUGUUGGGCUGCAAGUGCCCUCGGGGCCGUCGGAAAGAACCUUGAACGAAAACUGGGCAGUCUUGUCAAACACAAUCUUCGUGACUUCACCAUGGAGCAAUUGAUGAUACUUGCAUGGAGUUUUUGUGACUUGCAACAUAGUGUCGAAGUUCUGGAAACACUUCAGCAGGAGGCAUGCAGACGCUUGACAUUGGAGAAUUCAGACUUGAGCCUGGCGGGCACUGUGAAGGUCGAAGAGGUGCUUGGCCUGCUUGGGGGCUGCGCCCUGGCAGGGAAGCUUCAAGCGUCUUUGGGCAGGCUUGCUUCCACCUUUGUCGGUGACCACGGAAGGCGUCUCGAUGCCCACAGCGGGGUCCGGCGCUUUCAUCCGCUCAGUGAUUUCGGGACGUGCAGCGCCGCUCCAACCACUGUGCGGCCGUGCUGCCAUCUUGAUGCGGGGGAUCGGUUUGUGGUCCACAAGCCAGUUGGGUGGGAGGUGCACGACAUGCAUGGCGAUUUCCAACUGCACCACUGGAUCCAGAGGCAUCACUUGCAUUUGCCCAUACUCUCUGAUUCGCAGCGAGACUUUGGCUUCUUGCAUCGGCUGGAUGUGCCCAGCUCUGGACUACUCGUGGUUGCGAAGACUUUCGAGGCCUUCCACGAACUGCAGCUCCAACUUGCAAAGGGCAUAUUGGAGAGGUUUUACCUGGUUCUUUGUCAUGGCUGGGUAUCGAGUACAGUGAAGGAGCUCACUUCACAGCUGAGCUUGGAAGGCCGGGUCUCCGUGCCAGGGCGAGGUAAGCCCUGCCGCACCGUUCUCCUCAGCCGCAGGCACCUUUCGGCUCUCGGUGCGCAAAGCGUUAGCUUGGUGAACAUUACCAUUGCCACCGGCCGCAUGCACCAGAUCCGUUGCCAUCUGGCGCAUGCGGGCCAUCCGACAGUUUCGGAUGGGAAGUAUGCGAGCGAAGGCACUUUUGCAGCGGACCUAUCCUGGUGCCCACGAAAUUUCUUGCACCGCUACAAGGUGAAGUUCCAAGAUUGGGCAGGCAGGUCCUGCACAGUCACAGCUCCCUGUGCGAAAGAUCUUGAAGAAGUAGUGGAGAGCAUGGCUCAUGCUCGCCCUGCCAACAGCUUGAAUUGA